AUGUUGCUACGCCAUCUUCGGUCAUAUGUACUAUUAGAAGAAGAGAGGCUGCCUGGCUAUAACUACAAAAACUUCUAUCCUGUGAAUCCAGGGGACGUCUUCAAUAAGAGGUAUAAAAUGAUAUCAAAGCUAGGCUGGGGCACGUCCUCGACUGUGUGGCUAGCUCAGGACAACACACGAAGGGCACUUUGGGAGUCGAAACGGUACGUGGCUGUGAAGGUGGGCGUCUGUGGCCAUAUGGAUGAAGAUGCUGCAACACAUGAGCGAAAUCUAUCCCGAUAUCUUGGGGCAAAUCCGUCGCAUUUCGGAUUCAAUUUUGUGAGGGUAGUACAAGACAGUUUCAAACUGGCAGGGCCGUAUGGCAGUCACACAUGCUUGGUCUAUGAGCCGAUGCGCGAGCCAUUGAACAUCUUUCAACGCCGGUUCGCGGAUGGAAAAGUUUCUCCCGCUGCACUUCAAGUGUUCAUACAACUUCUCCUCGAGGCCCUCGACUACCUCCAUUCCGAAUGUGAAAUUAUUCACACUGAUCUCAAGAUGGACAACAUUUUAAUGAGCUUCGAGAACCCAUCUGUGCUUGAGGAAUAUGUUAAUCAGCAAGCUGCGAAUCCUAUGCCGCGGAAGGUCAUCGAUGGAAGAACGAUAUACUUAUCCCACAACGACUUUGGGCUGUUACAGUCAUUUCGCUUGUUGCCAAAGAUCACAGACCUCGGGCUAGCACAACCAGGGGACACUUGGGAGACUCUGAGAUUUCCUAUUCAGCCACCUAUGUACCAUGCCCCAGAGAAUCUCGGCGUUUUGGUCUGGAACAUGAUGGAGGGCAAAGAUUUGUUUCAGAACUUCCGAACCGAUCAAGGAGAUUACGAUACUCGACGGCAUCUUGGGGAAAUGAUCGCAUUAUUGGGACCUCCACCAAAAGAGCUUCUUGACCGUGAAAGAGCUUGGGGCAGUGUCAAGUGGGAUGGUGUCCUCGGUCGAGACGGCAAGCCUUGUCCAACUGCUCGCCAGUACUUUGGGGGACCUUUUUUGAUGAUGGUGUUCUUGUACGAGGAUCUGAUACCAAAGAAUGUCACGUUAGAAGGAACAGUUGCUGCAUUUCAAGGUGAUGAGAAACAGCUCUUCCUCAACUUUGUCAAGAAUAUGCUUCAAUGGGUACCGGAGCAUAGAAAGUCUGCCAAGGAACUUUUGCAAGAUCCAUGGCUGGGUCUUCCGACUGGAGGUUGA